CCCAAUUGUAAAUACAACUUCGACAAGCCCUUUUCCACUUCAAUUUUUAUUGAAGGCGGGAAAACAAAAUAACAAAAUAACAAAAAACAAUAAACCAAACUCAAACAGGGGAACUAAGAAAGCGGAAAAUGGAGAGAAAAAGCUCCAGCAAGGAGUUGCAGGAUCUUCUGCAAGCCAUCAAAUCUUCAGAUGUUGUUGAGAGCCAGAUUGAACUGGUUAACAAGCUUCGGGAUUUUGAUUUCCUGGAGAUAUCGGAUUUGGCUUCUCUUCUUGAAUUCCUCACAGACUUUACUUGCUUGGAUAUAUCUCAAUGCAUGUUAAACAAGACUAUUUUGAGCGUGGCUGCGAAAUAUGUAGAUUCAGAUGUGUCUGGAUGUUUAGUACAGUUUCUUGCUCUCGGGACAAAGGCAAGUGGGUGGUGUGGAAAACAUCUGAAGAUGACUGCGAUGUCAACUGAAGAAUCUCAAGAAGAACAUUCAAAUUUAUUCUUUCAGCUUCUUUUGGAUUUAUUUAGUCUCUCUGCUGCCAGUAUGGUUGCUUUGAAAAGACACCCUGUUUUUGUUGACAAUGCAUCAGCAGCUACUGUUGAGAAAUUCAUUUUGGAACAGCUAAAUUUGAUAAAAGACGUAGUAUCAGAGAUUAAGAGGAUCAACUCCUUCGGUUCAGAAGCAUUAAAGGCUGCACAGACUGUGAUUGAUACUGUAGUGAGACUAUGCAAAGGAUAUUUUGAUGCUGUGAAUUGGGAUCUUUGUGAUGCAAGACCUGAGAAGGAUGAAAACAAUACAGAUUCAGAGAGAGCCAAUAUAAUGAAUCAUGUUACGAACAUAACAAAAUGUACAAUAGAGAAAUUGUGUGAACUGGGGAUCCUUGCAGCAAAUGAUGGUGGGAGUCUGGUAACCAUUCUCAAUGUGUCAUGGAAAGGUGUGAUUACCUUGCUUCAGCAAGGCAAGAGGGUGUUAAGAGAGAUGUUAAGCGUGCAGGAUAUUAUUCUAACCCUAAUUUCACUGGUGAAUGAACCUCUCAGGUGUGCAGCCGGGGCUUGGUCUUCUUUAUUGAAGGAAACCAUUUCUUUAACUGAAGCCAGGAGGACAUUUCUUCCAUCUAAGUUUUACCUUACCAACGCAGUGAAAAUAUCUUCCCUCUAUCCAUGCCAAGCAUAUUUGGUGUACAAGGAGGUGACCCUCUGUGUCAUAAUGAUCUCAUCCUUUAGAAUUUUACUGAGCUAUGAAAAACUUUUGAACACAGCUAGUGAAGUGUUGUCAGAACUUUUGGAGAAGACAUCAAUAGAUUUGCUGAAUUCUUUACUCAAUUCAGCUGAAGUGAAACAAGAGCUCAAGUUUAAACUUCUGGACUGGUUGUUCAAUGAUGAUUUCUGCUCAAAUUCUAUGCAUGGAGAUUCAAGUAGUUUUUAUCACAUGACUUCAAUGGUUGAAAUCUUUUCUGUGAGCUGUGAAGCUAUGUCUGAAGCAAGAUUAUUGUUGCUUGGCAGGAUUGCAUUGUUUCAUAAUUUACUAAGAUAUUCUAUGGAUCUUGAAGAUGACAUAAAGAUCAAGAUCACUAGAAAACUCAGAUGGUUUCUGGAUAUGUUAGUUGUUGAAGAUGUAUACUCCUUCGUUCUUGAUUUGCAGAUUCCUGUGCCACAUGGUUCGGGGAAAACACUGGAAUUGAUUUGGCAACCUAUGUUUUCAGCUCUUUUGCAUGCACUAAAAACCUUCAUGAUUGCGGUGUCUUCAAGUUUUGCCUGGGCAGAAUUUGAGGCUUUCCUGCUUGAAAAUCUUUUCCAUCCACAUUUUCUUUGCUGGGAGAUUGUAAUGGAACUUUGGUGCUUCUUAGUGCGUUAUGCUGAAAUGGACAUGGUGAAAGGCAUCAUUGAUAAACUUUGCUCAUUAAUGAAGCUACUGGAAUCACCAGAAUCAGUUCUUAUUCCAGGUUCUCCUCUGAGGAAAGUGGCAAGGAUAAUCUGCUUGCUUGCUAAAAGUACACCACCUAUGGCAGACCAUGUAUACAGCUCUGUUGUUGGUGACGGAAGAUUUCAAUUGUCAUCAGUUCUGUAUGCAGCCUUGCUCUUGGAAGGGUUCCCUCUAAAUUCACUAUCAGAUAACAUCAGAAGUGGUGCAAAACAGAAGAUCAUUACUGACUACUUUGGCUUCAUAGGGAGUUUUGAUGACAAAGUGUUGACUACUUGUAGUUCUGGUGCAUUUGGGAUUCCAGUUCAUGCUCUAUCUGCAUCCUUGCAGGCACAGCAGGUUAGCAUAUCUGAUGUUGAUGUGAAGACCCUUAAGUUUUUAGUUGCUAUAAUUCGUAACUUCAGAAACCCUGUCGAGAAAAUAAUGAAGGAACACUGUCAUGAGCUUUUAAGUGAAAUGUUGGGAAUUGUGUCAAAUAUGAAGCAUCUAUACAAAUCUGAUGAGAUGGAGGGAGUCCUAUUGGAGCUUCAGAACCUGUUUGUCUCAGGGCCAGCAGCAUCAAAUACCCAAUUGUAUCAAUGCAAACCAUAUCUUGCUCUUUUUAUGGGAGGACUUGGAGACAUGGAGAUGACAGAGAGUGAUGAUUGUGCAAAAAGCUCUGCUGUGUGGGAGUUGUAUCACAUGCUAUUCAGGGAGCGGCAUUGGGCACUUGUCCAUCUUUCAAUUGCGGCAUUUGGAUAUUUUGCUGCUCGUACUACUUGCAAUCAGCUAUGGAGAUUUGUGCCACAAAAUGCAUCGCUAUCUUAUGAUCUGGUGUCAGGGAAUGAAGCAAGCGAGGAGAGGUUUAUGUCUGAGUUGAAGGCAUUUCUGGAUAAGGAAGCAGCUCUUACCACUACACCUAGCAUUGAGCAGCUUGAGUUGCUUGUGAAGGAAGGUAUGAUGCUGAAAGAAAUGGUUCAGAAGAUUUCAGGUAUAGAUGCUAUGGAAUGUCAAAGUAUGGAGAUUGAUGUUGACAGCGUAUCAAACAAGAGAAGGAAACUCCCUGAUGGAAUCAGCAAGGGAUUGGAAUUACUCCAGAAUGGUCUGAAGGUUAUUGGUGAUGGUAUUUCUCAGUGGCAGGAAAAUCACUGUGAAUCCUCCGAACUUCAUGACAAAUUUUCGAGCCACCUUUCUCGCCUUGAAGAUGUCGUUGCUCACUUGACAGGCUUGGCUGGUAACGGUACUGCAGGAAUGAAUGUAAAUAAAAGAAUUAAGUGCUGAGCAGCUUAUGCUUGGAAUAUAGGCUGUCAGUAAAUGCAACGUUUAACCUGUUCAACAAGAUCUUAUGGUUACAAUGCUCAAUCCUUUAGCGAAUGGAAAAAAAUUACAUUUGGUUACUAAAGGAUUAAAAGAACAGCUUAUCUUUAUAUAUAUUAUUUUUAAGUAAUAAUCUUAUUAGUUAAUGUAAAUAUUUUUAACAUGUAUUAUGUGAUUUAAUAUGA